AUGGCUGUGUGCGGGACUAACGAGUCGCCGCCCAACAUCGUCGCUAGUGUGGAGGUGUCGAAGAUAGCAAUACAAACCUUGCCUGGCGAGCUCCUCAGACUCCAGUUCAUCUCAGGCUCCACAAUUGACGAUGGUCCAGCCUGGUGGUCCACCAGUGGUGGAAUGGGCGACGACUCCGUUGGACCAGAAGAGGUGAAUCCUUUUUCUUCUUCGACAGCCCUUCGAGCUCCUUAUAUCGCUGCUUCGCCUGCAAUGGAGAAUAUUAACGAUGCUGCGCGGAGCCAGCCCAGUGUCGGAACUACGCUCUGCACACUCGGACAUCCGCGUGGUCUCCUGUCGUUUCUUGCGUCUCGUGGAUCCGACCUGAGAAACCAGAAGUCCACCUUCAAGGUGGGUGACAAAUUGACGCUCCCAGCUGCCGCCCAGCAGUCCACAACGUCGAAAUAUCGAGUGGCAAUUGGUUUAUCGCUAAGCCGGAGAAAUACCAUUCUGUUCGUCUUCAACAAGAGCUCGCAUCCUAAAUGGUUUUACGAGGCAAAGGGUGCUAUGGGAGCCCACGAGCACCAAUUAAUUGCAUACGUGCUUCAAACACAGGCCCACGGCGUUGCUGAAGAGCUUCAGUGGCGUCGGCGUGGGAAGGUGCCGGACUUGUGCACAACUGUCAUUUGCCGCCACCCGUCUCCAAGGUUCGCGAUUAAAGCACGCCAACGAUCUCAUCGCCAAGGCUCGGCGAAAUCGCUAGCACGGCGUGAUCGUGCGCUAGUUGCAACGGGUGCCGAUCGUCAAGUUGCUCAAACAAAGACUGGAGAUAUUCCCCAGAGUCCUUUGAGUUCAACCGGUUUGUCUUCUGAAGUACCAGUGACGAUUGUUAAGCAGAGCGGGGCAGUCGAUACUGCGUUGGAUUCGCCCACGACCGUGCAGACUUUGUUUCCCUGGAGGCGCGAUCGUGGCAGGCAGGAGCCCGCCCUCGAUGAUAAAGUGCUUCAUUUGGCGAUUGUGCUGCUCGUUUUGGACUUUGUACCACACCAGAUUGCCGCCGGGUUUUGUUUGGGCGACUCGCCAUGCAUGAGAUUUGAGAGCGAAGAUCAACGCGUGGUGCGACAAAGCGUCACCUUGCUGCUAGAUGCAAUUGCGUCUCCAGAGGUACAGCACUUAUUUGUCUCCACAUUAUCGGUCGAUGGUGUUACUGACCAAGCAGACGUCAAGAUAUCCACGAAGGAACAAACCCGAGAAAAGUUCACUCAGUUCAUGGAAUGUCUAUUCAGCAACGUGACACGGCUACUUCAAAUGCAAACCCCUCGAGGCCCCAGCCCAGCCACACUACCGGUGACCUCCUCAGAAUCGUGUACAGGGGUGAGGAGAGAACAGCGAGCGCAGCACGAAGUGGGUUCAAAUUGGCGGCCUAUCGAGAGGUGCUUUGGUCAAGGUCACGCCUGGAAGUGCCAGUGGAUUCUGAAUACUGAGGGGUCAAGCUACAACGUCUCCAGAGACAUUGGCCAUGAAUCUAAUAGCCUCCGUGUAUUUCGUGUGUUGCCUAGUGGGAUAUCAUCGCUCGCAGCGAGUAUUGGCGGCGGAUGGGAUAUUGGAGAUUACGUUGGAGGCUUCGUGUCAAGCGACAAAAAUCAACUGGAGCUGCAGGUUUUUGCUUGUAAGCACGCCACCGGACACGAUGUCCAAAGCGUUGAGCUCGACAAUACCCAGGCUUCGCGUGCGAACGUGCGUAGGCUACGGUUGAGUCUCAGAACGCAUGGCCAGGAUCACAGUCUGGAAGUGCACGGGGAAAUAGAUGAAGCAUCACUUUCGUGCAUUUCACUAGUCUUGGGGCACGAAGCUUGA